ACCAUGCGCGAAAUAGUGCACCUGCAAGCCGGCCAGUGCGGUAACCAGAUCGGAGCCAAGUUCUGGGAGGUAAUCAGUGAUGAGCACGGUAUCGACCCCACUGGAACAUACCAUGGAGACAGUGACUUGCAGUUAGACAGGAUCAGCGUGUACUACAAUGAGGCCACAGGUGGCAAGUACGUUCCCCGUGCCAUCCUGGUAGACCUGGAGCCAGGUACCAUGGACUCUGUCCGCUCUGGCCCCUUUGGACAGAUCUUCAGGCCUGAUAAUUUUGUGUUUGGCCAGAGUGGGGCUGGAAACAACUGGGCUAAAGGUCACUACACCGAGGGGGCAGAGCUGGUAGACUCCGUCUUGGAUGUGGUAAGGAAGGAGGCAGAGAGCUGUGACUGUCUCCAGGGUUUCCAGCUCACCCACUCCCUGGGUGGAGGAACGGGCUCCGGCAUGGGCACUCUUCUCAUUAGCAAGAUCCGUGAGGAGUACCCUGACCGCAUCAUGAACACCUUCAGCGUGGUGCCCUCUCCUAAAGUGUCCGAUACCGUGGUGGAGCCCUACAACGCCACCCUCUCCGUGCACCAGCUGGUGGAGAACACCGAUGAAACCUAUUGCAUUGACAAUGAAGCCCUCUACGACAUCUGUUUCCGCACCCUCAAGCUGACCACACCUACCUACGGUGACCUUAACCACUUAGUUUCUGCCACAAUGAGCGGAGUCACCACCUGCCUGCGCUUCCCCGGCCAACUCAACGCUGACCUCCGCAAACUGGCCGUCAACAUGGUGCCCUUCCCCCGUCUGCACUUCUUCAUGCCUGGCUUUGCUCCUCUCACCAGCAGGGGGAGCCAGCAGUACCGCUCCCUGUCUGUGCCUGAGCUCACCCAGCAGAUGUUUGAUGCCAAAAACAUGAUGGCUGCCUGCGACCCACGUCACGGCCGUUACCUGACCGUCGCCGCCGUCUUCCGGGGUCGCAUGUCCAUGAAGGAGGUGGACGAGCAGAUGCUUAACGUGCAGAACAAGAACAGUAGCUACUUCGUGGAAUGGAUCCCCAACAACGUAAAGACCGCGGUCUGCGACAUCCCACCGCGCGGGCUGAAGAUGGCCGCUACCUUCAUCGGCAACAGCACCGCCAUCCAGGAGCUGUUUAAGCGCAUCUCCGAGCAGUUCACCGCCAUGUUCCGUCGCAAAGCUUUCCUGCACUGGUACACCGGAGAAGGUAUGGAUGAGAUGGAGUUCACGGAGGCAGAAAGCAACAUGAAUGACCUUGUGUCUGAAUACCAACAAUAUCAGGAUGCCACAGCCGAGGAGGGAGAGUUUGAAGAGGAAGGUGAAGAGGAAGUGGCUUAA